AAAAAAUUCAGACACGAAUAAAUAUAGACUUUCCAAAUUGCAAUGAGCAACAAAAAUUACAAAACUGAUUGUGUCUCAUGUCAGAAGUAGAUUUUUUUUGUAAAUUACGAAUUGAAAACAAAUCUGAUUUCGCUUUCAUCUUGAACUCUUCGAUGGCUGCCGCCGCCCAUUUGGAGGAGCAGCCGGUUCCAACGGAUGCCACCAGCGACUGGCGACUGUGGUGUCGACUCUGCGCCAAUGACGACCAGGGUAACAUGAAUGUUUUUCUCAAACAUGACGGAGAUGCACCUUCUGGGGAUCUUUCAUUGGCCACCGCGAUUGGCAAGUACUUCUGGGUUAAUAUAACACGUGGGGAGGAUUUGCCGGAGAUGAUAUGUUGUGAGUGCCUUACGCUUGUCACUUCGCUGGUUAACUUUUCAGAACGCAUUACCCGCGUGCAGAAGCUUUUCUGCAUUUUGCAGAGUGCAUCUAGUAAGGAGGUGGCUCUAAAUGUCCAGGAGCUGCGCUCUAAAUUCGGUCUUCUGGAGGAGGCGCCAGGAACGGAAGUGCACUACGUGGAUGAGAAACUCAAGUUGGGCACGCAAGUUGGUUUGUUGCCAGAGGAGCCGGAGCUCCUUGAAGUGCUUGAAAACCCCUUGACACCGGAAGGGGAACAAGAGGAUGAGGACCAGACCGCAGAACAAGAGAUACAGUCAGGGGCAUCAGAAUGCGAUCAGGAUCCAGUCUAUGAAGCCGACGAAGAUGCAGUAAUGGUUCAACUAUGCGAUGCAUAUGACUUAAGUGAGCAUAGUUCAUCCUCUAAGGGGGAUUUGGCUCGCUCCCCCUCGGUGGAUUUCGAUCAAAAUCCAGAUCCCGAUAAAAAUCACCAGUGUACCAGAUGCUUGCGAACGUAUGCUACCGCCAGGUCUCUGCACAGGCACAUGCGCCAGGAUCACUGGAAGACCGAAUCAGCUGGCUCUGACCUGUUUACCUGCUUGGAGUGCUCCAAGAAGUUUCGCACCCACCAUCAGCUGGAGCGGCACAGUCAACGCCACUUGCCCCUGACCGUUCCCAAGCCAAAGCAGCAUGGCUGCAACAGUUGCGACAAAAAGUUCGCCAGCAGCGCAUCCGCCACACAACAUGCCCAGUACAUGCAUAUAGACGAACGGCCGAGACCAGUGAUUUGUGAACAAUGCGGGGUGGGCCUCCAUUCGAUGAGCGCCCUCAAGGAGCACGUGCUGAAGCACACGGAUUACGCCCCUUUCGAGUGUGAGGUGUGUAAGAAAUGCUUUAAGUCAGCCAACCGCCUGAAGCACCACAAGGAGACGCACGACCCGCACAAGUAUAUAUGCCCUGAGUGUGGCAUGCAGCUAAACUCGCGACCCACAUUAAAUCGACACCGGCUAGUCCACACCGAUCAAAUGCAGCACAAGUGCGACUACUGCGGAAGGGAGUUCAAGCGAGCCAAAGCUCUCAAAAACCAUCUCAUCCUGCACACGGGACUAAAACCAUACUCAUGCGACUUUUGUGAUCGCACCUUCGCCAAUGGCUCAAACUGUCGCACGCACAAGAAGAAGGCUCAUCCCGAGGAGUUGGCAGCCCAGGAGGCGUCGGGUGGUGGGAAAACGUACAACAGGAAUAUACCGAAACUAGAGGCCCUCAAGGCGUUCACCAAAAACAAGGACAACUUGUCCCCAGUAGCGACCAAGCAGAGCGGUUGUUUUGCGUUUGGAAAGAAACCGAAGCCCCCGGUCAAGGAAAAUGUCAGCAAUCUCACAUUCAAAAAAGGUCGUACCGCUUCCCUUCAAGAGUCGGAGUCUGAGCCAGCGUCUGAGCUCGGAGCUCAACCCGAACCUUCUGAUUCGGCUAUACCCACGAUAGACAAUAUAUAUAACCACAUCAUGAUUGAAUAUCGCUAGGCCAACUUAUAACUAAUGCAAGGACGACGGACUUUUUAUUCUAUAAAUCUUUAUUUUCUUUGGAACGACAUUUUGCUGCUUACCAAAACAUCAACACAAAAUUACUUACUUGCAAUGUUAGUGUAGGGAGACAGGCAGGCUCAUAAAAUCAUAAAAUGAAUUAUAUAUUAAAAAACG